UGGCAAUACCAUGACAUGGCGUAUAUUGUUUUAGAAACGUGUGACAGAACGGAAUCACAGAUAUUUUUCUGAGCAAAAAAUUUAAAAUUUCUCAUUUAUUUCUUGCAAUAUCAUCAUGGCUGGUGCUACACUAUUUGAAACAGCCCAAGCAAAGUCAUUAGUGAAUCCUCAAGAAGGAAUUUCGCUGCUAAAUAAAAUAGUAAACGAACAAGAAGUGGCCGACAAUGACGACUUGAUUCGCAUCAAAGAACAAGGCAUUCUUCAGCUGGGCGAACUCUACAAACAAGAGGGAAAGGCAAAGGAGCUGGCCGAUUUGAUCAAAGUUACGCGUCCGUUUUUGAGUUUAAUCAGCAAAGCAAAGGCUGCAAAACUUGUGCGAUCGCUAGUCGAUUUGUUUUUGGAUUUGGAGGCUGGCACUGGCAUUGAAGUGCAACUGUGUAAAGAGUGUAUAGAAUGGGCGAAACAGGAAAAACGAACAUUUUUGCGGCAGUCGUUGGAGGCACGUUUGGUGGCUCUAUUUUUCGACACUGGCAUGUAUACGGAUGCUUUGCAAUUAGGAUCGACUUUGUUGAAGGAGCUAAAGAAAUUGGACGACAAAAUGUUGUUGGUGGAUGUGCAGCUAUUGGAAAGUAAAACUUAUCACGCUCUAAGCAAUUUGCCAAAGGCUCGUGCUGCAUUGACUUCCGCUCGUACCACCGCAAAUGGCAUUUACUGUGCUCCAAAGAUGCAGGGUGCAUUGGACUUACAAUCUGGAAUUCUACAUGCCGCCGACGAAAAAGACUUCAAAACCGCCUACUCCUACUUCUACGAAGCCUUUGAGGGAUACGAUAGCGUCGAAAGUGGCAAAGCAUUGACCGCACUAAAGUACAUGUUGUUGUGCAAAAUUAUGCUCGGUCUGGCCGAUGAUGUUAAUCAAAUUGUUAGCGGAAAAUUGGCUAUUACUUACUCCGGCCGGGACAUUGAUGCCAUGAAAGCAGUUGCUCAAGCUUCGCAUAAACGUUCGCUGGCCGACUUUCAACAGGCAUUGAAGGAGUAUCGUAAGGAAUUGGAAGAGGACGUCAUUGUGAAGGCUCAUUUGGGCACCUUGUACGACACGAUGUUGGAGCAAAAUUUAUGCCGCAUCAUUGAACCAUAUUCCCGCGUUCAAGUGUCACACAUUGCGCAAUCAAUUAAAUUGCCGAUGAUCCAGGUGGAAAAGAAAUUGUCUCAAAUGAUUUUAGAUAAGAAGUUCAGCGGCAUUUUGGAUCAGGGCGAAGGUGUUUUAAUCGUGUUCGAAGAGACUCCCGUAGAUAAGACUUAUGAAACUGCACUGGAAACUAUUCACAGUAUGGGCAAAGUGGUCGACACACUCUAUCAAAAGGCAAAGAAAUUGUCGUAGAUUCAGAUGGUGGUGGUGAUGGGGAUGGCCAUUUUUCGUUUUGUGUUUAUAAAAUAUUUCGAAAUUUAAUUCAUUUAGCGUUUAGGAGAUUUUGUUUUUUCUUUUUUUUUCUUUGGAAGUAAAAUGAUAAAAACUUGAAAAACAACUCUCUAAUCUACAAGUAAUUUAAACGGAUCAAUAAAACAUUCGGCUAAAAAGAUUUCACCAAAAAUUUAUUGAGUUGUUGAAUGAAUUGGCUGUAAAGACACGAAUUGGAAUUGGAAAUUUACUCUAGCAUCAAACUUAGUUUUGUCCUAACUCUCUCUCUCUCUCACACACACAGACACACACAUUACGACUAAAACUAAUUAAAAUUGUUGUCUACUUAACCGUUCCUCAUUAUCAUACCCCUUUCGUAACUGACAUUUUCUGACACUUAUUGCAAAUUACAGGAGUUUACAAAUUCAGUAACAAUGUUCUCUCGGUCAGCGAUUUAGACGUUUUUUUGUUCUUUUGUAUAAUGAUAAUCGGAAUGUUACUUUUGUAUAAAUAAAACAAACAAACAAAUUAAACGAUAAAAUUGAUAAC